AUGGCACUGAGUUGCGAAUUCGAUAGCUUGCCAUAUGCAUUGGUGUUGCAACAUUUGCGUCAUCGCGCAUGGUUUCUAAGAAACUCCAGGUGGUGGCCAACCGAAGGAACUUACCACAAUCCAAUCCUCGAGCACGAGGAAUUCGCCCCUCGUGGAUCAGAAAUGAAAAAAAAAGAAUCAAACGACAGAGGAUGCUCGCACGAUUUCGCCGGUCGACAUAGUUUCUUUGAGCUAUCCAAAGCUGAUCGGCUUGUCAAAAGUGGUACCCACGCCCAUCUACUCAAUGGCUCUACUCAUGGGAAGGUAUUCCCUUCGGCGAUGAGCGUCCUGACCUUCGACGCAUUGUCAGGGGCUACACCAAAUACCACACCAGUCAUUGGCGGCGCACCAAGGCCUGGCGCAACUUGGCCUUUCGAUCUAUCACAACCUUUUCGCAGCUUGCAAAAUCUCCCAGGAAGCUUGCAAUCCGCACUGCAAGGAACCGCAGACGGAACCCCUUUAACUGUUCAUCACAACGCCGCACAUCCAUCUUCGUCACCUCCAUACCCUGUGGGUUCAGAUACCCGCUCAGAAGUCGGAGGAAACUACCAAAAGAUCAACCCGAUCCAGCCGCCUGAUCCUCAGUUUAUCGAAAGACUUCAUCAAGGUACAAAGGCAGAGCCACAACCCGAGCAAGUACAUAGGUUGCACAUUAAUACAUCUAGUUCUAUUUCGCCUUCAAACCCAAACGGCAACCCAACCCGUCAGCUGGUCGACGUUUCACCCUCAUCUAUACCCCCAAAACAGGACCAGAAGCAGUCAAGUUCAGGCAACACUCGCUCUGAGGUACCACCAAAUGACCCGCGUCCAUUGCAGCUCGAAAACGUCAGUCCCCCUCCGAAUAAGAGCCAGAUGGCGACUAUACCCGACAUCACAAAGCUAUUGCCGUCAGGAAACCCCAAGGAGCUGGUGAUACCCUCAGCACUGAACCAGGCGUUGGGGCCCUUAGCAUCCGCUAGCUCAGACCCACAAACAAUUCCAUUUUCCAUGCUUCCCGCUUCAAAAACUCAGCUCGUCAAUCCUACCGAUACACCUUCCCGGGCCCUCGUGGAAACUGGAAAGUUGGACGGAGGUGGCAAGACAAUCAACAACAAGCCAGAUUCUCUAGCACAAAAAAGCGUCGAUGGAGUUAUUGCCCUCAAACCACUAGGAACUCCGACUGGAGUAGCGGGAGAUGGAGCGAGAGGUUCUUCAGGUAUAAAUUUCAAUAAGGUCUUCCAGAAUUCCGGGGUAGUGGCAGAUGGGAUCAAAGGAGACCCGAGUACAAGCCUCAGCCAGAGUUCUGCAAAAUCCAAUGCAACCAAGAAUUCCACCGCUCCUGGAGUACAAAAUAUCAAGGGUGUCCCCAAAAAUACUACCAAUAAAGAUAUUCCAAAGUCAUCAAACAUAUUCACUACAUCUCAAUCCAAUAGCGCAACGCCUGCUCGUAUUCUAGGGAUUGACAAAAAGCUCUUCUUAUUUGGGUCUGGUAUCAUUGGCGCCUGUCUCCUGGCGGCCUUGAUAGGCUUUCUGGUACAAUGCUCAAAGGGUACUAAAAGAAGGAAAGAAGAUAAAGCGUUGGAAGAUGAAACGUCUGAUUUUCUUCAAGGUAAUCCUGCUCUUUGGAAUGAAUCAAAAUUAUCAACUACAGUUCCAGUCUUCAAGCCCGUAGGUUCAUCGAAUGCACGACGAUCUGAACAUGUCUACGACCACCACUCUGCAUAUGGGCAAGAGAGGAAGCAGGGCUAUACACCCGAAGUCGAUCUUUACGAGCAUAAUGGGCCAAUCUCACAGUCCUACGGUCCUAGAUCAUUCCCAGUGACUGUAUACGAUGAGGCUGCAUCAGAGUUCUACUAUCCACCUCAGAAGGGAUACCUUGACCUCGGCAAUUCCCAAGAUUCCGGGUCGAUUAAUAUCAAGUAUCGUGAAGACACUCCAUCUCCGAAUCGCUGGGAUAGGCACCGCACAUCUGUAUAUCACGCUGGUCCAUCGGUAGGAAUGGGAAGUCGACAGGCUCCAAUCAGUCCAGGGUAUGGAACACCCACUGAUUUCUAUGAGUCUAGCAUAUCAAAUGCAAGCAGAGCUCGUGGACGACCUGAUGGUUACCGUAUGGACAAACGACCCAUGGAUAAUUGUCAUUUGCCUGAUCAUAGAAGGUUUGAAGACUCACAGUCCUAUACUGGGUCAUCUCAUUUGUAUUCUCCGACGGCUUAUGAUCAGCCAAGGAUAAAUCUCCGACCUCCCGCUCCAGCUGUACGACAUCAUGAUAUUUUUCCUGCAGGUGGGAACAAGUCAGUCAGUCGGAGACCAAGAGAAAGAGGAGACGAACGAGAAUACUAUGACGGUCGUGCCGACUCUUUUUAUAUGUCAGCACAGGCUCAAGGCAAUCAAGAUUCAAGGCCAAGAUUAAAUCAGACACGACUCCAUGAUGCUGUAGAGGACUUUCAUCGAAAUUUGGUUAAACCCAAAUAUUAA